CGUCAGAGCAGCCGUCCAAUCAGAAAGCGAUACAGCGACGAGGGCGUGGUGACGAGUAAAUCAGGGGACCGCAAUAUUAGCUCCAUGCUCGACAGUGGACGUGGCCCUGCGUAUCACACAGCAAACACUCAUGCAGCACUGCCUCAACCUGACUAUUGCCCGACACAGCAGGCUCCUCUUGAAUAAUAAACUGCCAUCUGUUCACCAAUCAGCAGCCAUGUCGAGUCUUCUUAUUAGCCAGCCCAAAUAUGCUUGGCUGAAGGAGUUGGGUCUUUCAGAGGACAAUCCCGGGGUUUACAAUGGCAGCUGGGGAGGCAGUGGAGAGGUUAUCACCUCUUACUGCCCCGCCAACAACGAGCCAAUUGCCAGAGUAACCCAGGCCACGAUGAAAGAGUAUGAAGAAACUGUAUGCAAGACAAAGGAAGCCUGGAAGAUGUGGGCUGAUAUUCCGGCUCCGAAAAGAGGGGAGAUUGUCAGGCAGAUUGGAGAUGGCCUGAGAAAGAAAAUCAAAGUUCUUGGGAGCUUGGUGUCACUAGAAAUGGGAAAAAUUUAUGUUGAAGGUGUGGGAGAAGUUCAGGAAUAUGUUGAUGUCUGUGAUUAUGCUGUUGGUCUUUCGAGAAUGAUUGGUGGGCCCGUCCUCCCUUCAGAAAGGCCAGGCCACGCCCUGAUCGAACAGUGGAACCCAGUUGGUCUUGUUGGCAUCAUCACCGCCUUCAACUUCCCUGUGGCAGUCUAUGGCUGGAACAAUGCCCUCGCUCUCACCUGUGGCAAUGUCUGCCUGUGGAAAGGAGCACCAACUACACCUCUAACAAGUGUGGCUGUUACAAAGAUUGUAGCUGAGGUGCUGGAGCAGAACAACCUGCCAGGUGCCAUCUGCUCCAUGACCUGUGGAGGGGCUGAUAUUGGCACAGCCAUGGCCAAAGAUGAACGAGUAGAUCUGUUGUCUUUCACCGGUAGCACCCACGUUGGCAAGAUGGUAGGCACAAUGGUCCAGGAAAGGUUUGGUCGGAAGCUGCUGGAGCUUGGCGGGAACAAUGCCAUCAUUGUGUUUGAGGAUGCCGAUCUUAGUCUGGUUGUGCCCUCCGCAGUGUUUGCAUCUGUUGGAACUGCAGGCCAACGCUGCACCACCACGAGAAGGCUAAUGCUGCAUGAGAGUGUCCAUGACACAGUGAUUGAGAGGAUCACCAAGGCCUAUAAGCAAGUCCGCAUUGGAGAUCCCUGGGAUCCCAGCACCUUGUAUGGGCCUCUGCACACCAAACAAGCUGUGGAACAGUAUUUGUCUGCAAUUGAAAAAGCCAAGCAGCAAGGUGGUACUGUCGUCUGUGGAGGAAAAGUGAUGGAUCGUCCUGGAAAUUAUGUUGAGCCCACCAUCAUCACUGGGCUGGCUCACGACGCUUCAGUUGUCCACACUGAAACCUUUGUCCCCAUCCUCUAUGUCCUCAAAUUCAAAACUGAGGAAGAGGCAUUUGCCUGGAACAACGAGGUGAAGCAGGGCCUAUCCAGCAGCAUCUUUACCAAAGAUCUGGGACGGAUUUUUCGCUGGCUCGGGCCUAAAGGAUCUGACUGUGGCAUCGUGAAUGUCAACAUACCAACGAGUGGUGCUGAAAUCGGAGGGGCAUUUGGCGGAGAGAAACACACAGGAGGAGGCAGAGAGUCUGGAAGUGACUCCUGGAAGCAGUACAUGAGGCGCUCAACCUGCACCAUCAACUACAGCAAGGAUCUUCCUCUUGCACAGGGAAUCAAGUUUGAGUGACACUUGUCUGAACGGCAAUGGAUAUUGUGACGUCAUCUCUUGUCACUGCUUCUAAAUUAGAAAAGGUCAAUUUUUUUAGACAAAUUUAACUGCUAUAUAUGAAAUACAUCUAUGGUUUGGGAGUUAGAUUUGAAUCAGGGAAGUCUGUAGACACUUUGCAAACCUUAAGAAGUUGCUGAUUGAUUUCAUCAUGCUGAUUUUGCGGUUUUGUACAAGCACUUAGAAAAGGAGUUUCUGUGCUUUAAGAAUGUUCAAGAUACCUUAUUCUUCUAAAAUAAAAGAUUAACCAUUUAUUCUGGUCCAAUCUUAUUAGUUUAUUUAAUAUAUUAAAAGGAAAUUGGUUGUACUGUACCCGGGAAUCACCAUCACUGUGUUUAUUAACUGUCAUUCCUAAAAUGUUUAAUAUUUUUAUAAAUUCUCCAAAUUAAUAUCACUGGUGCAGAAUUCUGCGAUCUCCCAAAAUAUGAAAGGACAGUGAGAACUAGCAGAAACACGAAUAACUAACAAAAUCAUACAUGAAGGAAAUUACCGUAAACACAGGAGCCAUUUAUUCUGCACAUUUAACAAUUUCUAAUUGAUUGGUCUGUAUUACUGUAGACAGUCAAAAUGUUAUGAUUCAGAUUCAAGAAUGCAUCUUGGUUCUGCUUGCAAUACAGUGGGGAGUAGGGAUUGCCGAUACUCAAGGCAGAGAAAGAACAGAGUAACUCAGCAGGACCAAAAUCGCCAUUUAUUAAAAUACAAAAACCACAAUGAAUUACAAAUUUUCUGUGUUCGUUUUGCAAGUUCCGAGUAUGAAUAAUAAUAAUAAGUUUAAAAAAAAAAGUUAAAACCUCUGAACCGCCACAGUGACAUCAGCUUUGCUUGAUUGACAUUCAUGCAAAAAAUUUGUUCUAAUGGAAACAAAAUUGUAACCAAUGUGCUGUAUGGAUUCAAAAGAAGCUGAAUUCAUCAAUGAAUGUGAACAGUCAUGCAAUAUGCCUGUUGGUUAUAAUUUAAUCCAAACUGGGACAGACAGUGAUGCUAUUCCACGCAAUUGGAAAAGGAAAGGUUUAAAAAAUUUAUCCAUGACCUAAUGCAAAAUCGCUAUAUUCAAAAAGAAUUUCGGCUGCAUAUUUACUUAUGAUAGCUGGAGUGCUGAACAUCCCCUCCUGAUGUUACUAAAAUUAAGGCAGGCAUACCUGUCAAGUUGUACGGUUUUAGGGCAAUUUGCACAAGUGAGCACUGAUUUCUAAAUGUGUACACCGUACAUUCAAAAUCUGUACGUUUUUUGUGCAUUACUUUUUUUUUCUCUGUUCGGAUUUUGUCACCGUUUCAGCAACGAGACAAUGCGCGUUACUACGUUGGUUGAAGGACGCGAGAAAAGCCAGAAACACUGAGAGAAAAGAGUGUUUGUUGUGACGCUGUAGCAAACGCGAUGCUAUAUGGGGCGCUGUUUGUAAAGCAGAACAUGCUGAAAAUUACGACAUUUUCUCACAUUUAGCGCCACACAGUGUUUAAAAUGCGGUGUGAAAUUUUGAGUCACUUUUUUUUGCACAUUUACGACAUUGUUUAGCAACUUAAAUAUUUAUUUUUAAAUAAUAAGUAUUGGACCUAAAUGUGUAAAUCUAGAACUAAAUAAUAUACAUGUAAAUGUUAAAUUUAUAUCGUGAA